UUCACAUUACUAAAUGGCAAAUUGCCAAAAAUUGACGACGUAUUUUGUUACAAGAGGAAAUAAGUUGUCUCUGUCUCUGUUGAAGCGAAUGCUAAAGGCCUAAAGCAAACCAUGUUGAAGUCGACCAUUGCCCCCAUGUUAUCAACCCUCUACCCGCAAAAGUUAUUCCCCGUCCAGUUAGCGUCUUUUUGUAGUGCAUUACCACGAAGCCCGCCAACUGUUCGACAAAAUGCCUCAACCAACAUUCCAACUCUUGAGACCCCCUGUUACAAACUCCCUCCAGCUUCAGCUUACGUCCAUCUCCCUUUCUGUCGCAAACGUUGUCAUUAUUGUGACUUCCCAAUAUUAGCUCUGGGUUCUUCUUCAACAGAAACCGCGGAUGAUGAUCCAAGAAUCUCAAAUUAUAUCAAUCUUCUUAUUCGCGAAAUGGAAGCCACACAAACAAAUUUUAACCAACACCCACCUCUUGAAACCGUCUUCUUCGGUGGUGGCACGCCUUCGUUGGUGCCACCAAGACUCGUUGCUAAGGUCCUUGACACGUUGAGAUCGAAAUUUGGGUUGUGUUUGGAUGCCGAGAUAUCAAUGGAAAUGGACCCCGGAACAUUUGAUGCUAAGAAACUGAAAGAGUUGAUGGGAUUGGGUGUGAAUAGGGUAUCGUUAGGAGUUCAAGCAUUUCAAGAAGAGUUGUUGAAAGCUUGUGGGAGAGCUCAUGGUAUUGACGAGGUUCAUGAGGCAAUUGAGAUUAUCAAUUCAUGUGGGGUUGGUAAUUGGAGCUUGGAUCUCAUUUCUUCUCUCCCACAUCAAACUCAAGAAAUGUGGGAAGAGAGUUUGAAGCUCACUGUUGAAGCAAACCCAAAUCAUGUUUCAGUUUAUGACCUUCAAGUUGAGAAAGACACCAAAUUCGGUUCAUUGUAUAUACCAGGUGAGUUUCCACUUCCUAAUGACACCCAAUCUGCAAAAUUCUACAGAAUGGCCUCAAAAAAGCUUUCAGAGGCUAAUUAUGGACAUUAUGAAGUCAGUAGCUAUAGCAAAAGUGGAUUUGAGUGCAAACACAAUUACACAUACUGGAUAAACAAACCUUUUUAUGCGUUUGGCUUAGGUUCUGCUAGUUAUAUCAAUGGAACGAGAUACUCAAGACCAAAGAAGUUAAAAGAUUACACAGAUUAUGUCAAGAAUUUGGAGGGUGGAUUAGUUGAUUUGUCACAAGAAGGUGAUGAUGUUGAUGAAUGGGAAAUGGCUAUGGACAUUGUGAUGCUUUCAUUAAGAACUUCAAAAGGGUUGAAUUUGAAGAGUUUUGGAGACGAUUUUGGGAGUGAGGUUGUUGUGGAGCUGUGUAAGGUGUAUGAGCCGUAUAUGAGGAGUGGGCAUGUGGUGUUUUUGGAUGAUGAAAGAAGAGAGAUUAAAGAAGAUGAGUUUAGUUCUUUGGUUUUAGAUGAUGAAAAGUUGGAAAAUGAGAUUGGAUUUAUUCGGUUAAGUGAUCCAGAUGGUUUUCUUUUGUCUAAUGAAUUGAUAUCGCUUGCAUUUGGGGUUAUUGAUCCAUGAACAAAUGUUGUAGAAGAU